AUGUUAUUGCCUUCACAAGACAUUAGUCUGGAGGAAUUUGAUGAUGAAGAUUUAUCAGAAAUUACAGAUGACUGUGGGAUUGGACUGAACUAUGACUCAGACCACUGUGAUAAGGACAAUCUUGGAUUUGGCAGAUGUGAUCCGUCCCGAACCAUCUGUACUUUCCAGGAGGAUUUCCAAGAGUUUGAAAUGAUUGAUGAAGAAGAUGAUGAGGAGGAAGAAGAGGAGGAAAUUCAUACCCAAGAGAACCGACAUCGAGUGGAGGCUCCACCGUCUCCCAGCCCAUCCCCCCUGCCACCUGAGGCAACACUGAAAAAUAGGCCAAGCACCUUACAACUAAGCACUCCUCGGGCACAGGACACUCUCAACAACAAUGGAGGUUUUAUUCCCCAGAGAGACAGCUGGACUGAUGCUGAGAUAAACAAGACUGAACUGGUCUCUCAUGCUCAGUCUAAGCUGGACAUUCACAGAGGACUCGACGAUGAGCACAAUGGUCCAAAAAUGGAGAAGCCAGAAGACAUUGAUGAGCAGGGACAUGUGCCAUUAAAUGUGCAGCAGUCAGGUAGUAGUGGACCUUGGCCAGGAGAUGCAGAGCUAAGAGUGUCCUCUCCUUCCCAAAAACACCAGGCAGAUCUGUACCCAGAGAGAAGAGACCACAUACAAGGCCAACCCUCAAACUCCUCCAAUGAGACAACAUCUCCUUCUUCAGACCCUGGAAUCGAGGCCGAUAUAACUAGUCAUGGACGAUUCAUGCCAUCUGGACGCUGCAGCCAGGACCUAAGUUCUCCUUGCUCUGAUUCAGAUGUGGAAGGUGAAAUUGAAGCAGCAUUUGCCUGUGAGGCAGGGAGACUGGUGGGGAACAUGAUUUCCUCAAUCUCAGAGACAGAGUUGGACUUGAGUAGUGAGUCCAGCAGUGGAAGAUCAUCACAUCUGACAAAUUCUAUUGAAGAGGCUAGUUCUCCUACCUCUGAUCCUGAGCCUGACCCUGUAGGAGAAGGAGGUCGUCUAGGCAUCAAGGACUCAAUUCUCCUGGACAAAGAUGAAGAGGACACCCAAAGACUGGAGGAAUCUCAAGGCAAAUACAGUCCCUGGAAUAUUGAUGAGGAAGUCCCAACUCAUGAUCAACCAGAUCAGCAAACAGAGCGCAGUUUAGAGAGCAUCAGACGAUCAUUUUACUUGCCUGUUGGACCCAAGUUAUUGCCAGAAGCAGAUCCAAACAGUGAAUAUGACUCGGACUCAGAAUCAGAAGCUGACUUAAGUGAAGAUUCAGACUCUCCCUGGCUACUCAGUAACUUAGUGAAUAAAAUGAUUUCUGAGGGAUCAUACCCUAUUACCUGCCCAGAUGAAUGUUUCCAAAGACAGACCAGCCCUUCCUGUGACACACUUUCCCCUGCUUCUGACUUGGAUCCUGAAACCAUUGAACCAGAAUUGGAGGCUGAACACACCAACUCCAAUAAGACUACCGAGGAGUUAACACAACAGAACAUUGAACUAGUGGAUAUGGAGACACUUCAGAACUCAUUGAACCACAAAGAUAGUGAGGAGACUCGCCCUGGGCUAUAUGUUCUGCAUGACUCAUGUGAUACUGUCACCCCUAUCUUUGAAGGCCUUCAACUUCACUUAGGUUUUUCACACACCACUGAUUGUCUGUCCCAAUCUCCUGCACACAGAACUGAACAAAAAGCAUGGCCUGAGACAGAGGAAACACUUCAAGAGCCUGUGGAGGGUUGGGAUAUUGAUCGGGAUCUUGACUCUGGCAUCCUUGAGGAUGAAUUGUGCCAGGAACUGGGACAGAGACAACCCUCACUGGACACCUCUACAGCUAAAACCAACCAUGGUUUUAGCCUUGAAUAUCCUGGAGAGGAGGAUGACUACUCCUAUUAUAGGAGUCUUCGGAGCUCCCCAUUCCAGGAAUGCCUAGGGGAGGAUGCUUUCUUGGAUACUCAUACUGCUGAACCUCGCCUGCUUGAUGACUCUCUGGCCUAUGACUCUGUAAAGUACACACUAGUAGUUGAUGAACAUACUCAACUGGAACUAAUCAGUCUACAGAGGUGCACAUCUAUCCUGAGCAAUGGCAGUGACAUCCUAAGGUCUUGUGACCCGUGUGACUUAGAAGAUGAUGAGUUUGGGGAUGAUGUGGAAGCUCAUGACAAUGAAUCCUCAUCUGGAGACUCUUCUCCAGAACCCAAUAUGCCCUUCUCCAAGAAGUUUCUCAAUGUUUUUGUAAACAGUACAUCACGAUCAUCAAGCACAGAGUCUUUUGGGCUAUUCUCUUGUGUAUUAAAUGGAGAGGAGCGAGAGCAGACGCACCGAGCUGUUUUCAGGUUUAUCCCACGUCAUGAAGAUGAGCUAGAGCUGGAUGUUGAUGACCCCCUUCUUGUGGAGUGUGAGGAUGGUUCCUGGUGCCGCGGUUAUAACAUGAGGACAGGAGAGCGAGGAAUCUUCCCCUCAUUCUAUGCCCAUGAGGUCACAUGUCCCGUGAAAGAGAGCACAGUGCUCAGAGGAAACUCUCCCUGGAUACAGACAUUUGAUGUUCAGUUCCUGGGAUCUGUUGAAGUUCCACAUCAUCAAGGCAAUGGUAUCCUAUGUGCUGCCAUGCAGAAGAUUGCAACAGCGAGGAAGUUGACAGUACAUCUCCGUCCCCCUGCCAGCUGUGAACUGGAAAUCUCUCAACGAGGAGUGAAACUUAUUCUGAGAGGAAAUGACAGACCUGAGGAUGAGCGCUGCAGUCACUUUUUCCAAAUGAAAAAUAUUUCUUUUUGUGGGUGUCACCCUCGCAACAGCUGUUAUUUUGGCUUCAUCACUAAACACCCUGUUCUGAAUCGCUUUGCCUGCCAUGUCUUUGUGUCUCAAGAUUCCAUGCGCCGCGUGGCAGAGUGCGUUGGGCGAGCGUUUCAGGAAUAUUACCAUGAGCACGUGGAGUUUAGUUGCCCCACAGAGGACAUUUACCUGGAGUGACCUGACCUGUAUAUACUCACAUGGGGAUGCACACAGGACACAGGGCUGUGACCCAGCAUGAGCC